AUGAAAAUUAUCAAGACAAGAUUGAGAAACAAAACGGAAGCUUAUUUUCUAAGAGAUAGCAUGACGAUUAAUAUUGAAAGAGAAAUUGCUACAAGUAUUGAUUCCGAGACUAUUAUUGAUGAUUUCAAGCUACUCAAAAACCGUAGAGCAUUAUUUUAA